CACGCCCGCGGUAACGGGAGGCCGGAAGUCUCGCGAGGUUGGAGCGCUCUGCGCGCUCCGGUCGGAGGCUCUCCGCGCAGGUUCGCCGCGGGCCAGGGAUGGGGCUGAGCUCCGCGGUCCCUUGCAGUUCCCCGUGCGCUGACUGUGCCUGCUGGCUUCUGUGUCUGCUCGCUGAAGAAGCUGAACAGGCGAGAGGAGUCUUCUCUUCCCUUGGGUGCGUAGGUCCCUGUUGGCAGAGGCUUUGAGUCCUAACGCUACAGCUGGCGGCUGCGAGGGAUUGAGACCAGAGUAUUCCUUUAGAAAUGAGUUGCACAAUUGAGAAGGCACUUGCUGAUGCUAAAGCUCUUGUUGAAAGAUUGAGAGAUCAUGACGAUGCAGCAGAAUCUCUGAUUGAGCAAACCACAGCUCUCAAUAAGCGAGUAGAAGCGAUGAAGCAGUAUCAGGAGGAAAUUCAAGAACUUAAUGAAGUUGCAAGGCAUCGGCCACGGUCCACAUUAGUUAUGGGAAUCCAGCAAGAAAACAGACAAAUCAGAGAACUGCAACAAGAGAACAAAGAAUUGCGUACAUCCCUGGAAGAACAUCAGUCUGCCUUGGAACUGAUAAUGAGCAAGUAUCGAGAACAAAUGUUUAGACUUCUAAUGGCUAGCAAAAAAGACGAUCCGGGUAUAAUAACGAAGUUAAAAGAGCAGCACUCCAAGAUUGACAUGGUACAUCGUAACAGCUCCGAAGGAUUCUUCCUUGAUGCAUCUCGACACAUCUUUGAAGCAUCUCAACAUGGACUGGAGAGGAGGCACUUGGAAGCAAAUCAGAAUGAAUUACAAGCACAUGUUGAUCAAAUAACAGAAAUGGCAGCAGUAAUGAGGAAAGCCAUUGAAAUUGAUGAGCAACAGGGUUGCAAGGAACAGGAACGAAUAUUUCAACUGGAACAAGAAAACAAAGGCUUGAGAGAGAUUCUUCAAAUAACUCGAGAAUCAUUUCUGAAUCUUAGGAAGGAUGAUAUGUCUGAAAGUUCAUCUUUGUCAGCAUUAGUGACCAAUAGUGACCUGAGUCUGAGAAAGAGCUGAAGAGCCUGAAUUGGCCAACAACUUAUUCCUGAUCCUGCAAGCCUUUUUAUUAUAUGCGGUGGGUUUAAGCGUUUCCCCGCAAAGGUAUGUCCAGGUUCUAACCUCCUGUACCUGUGAAUGUGAUCACAUUUUAAGUCUUGACAGGGGUAAGGACCUUUGGAUGAGAUCAUCCUGGAUUUAGGAUGGGCCCUAUAUCCAAUGACUAGUGUCGUUACAGGAGAGAAGGAAUUUUGAAACAGAGGCACAAGGAGAAAGCCCUGUGAAGACAGAAGCAGAGAGUUAAUGCAAGCCUCAGGACCCUGAGGUGCCACCAGAAACUAGAAGGGUAUGAAAUGUUACCCCUCAGAGCCUCCAGAAGGGGCCAACCCUGCUUGAUUUCCCCCUCCUUGUGCUUUCUGGCUCUCUCCCCUCCCCCCAUCCCGCUCUGUCAAAUAAAAUUUUUAAGCCUGCCUUCUUGACUUUUUUAGAACUGUGAGAGAAUAAAUUUCUGCUAAGCCACCCAGCCUGUGGUAACUUGUUAUGGCAGCCCUAGAAAACGGAUAUUUAUCAUCUGUCCUCUAUAUUUUUUAUUUGUUUUUUAUUUUUUAUACUUUUUUUUGCAUAGGAAAUACAAUUCUAAAAAACUGAUUAUAUACAACCCCACAGAUAAAGUAUUUUCUUCUCAAAUUGAUAUAAAAAUUUCCAAGUCACCUUUAAAGAGUAUUUCUAAACUGCCUUAAUGAUUAGAAGAUUGUAGAUCCAUUACCUCAAAUUUUUGACGGUCAGAGUAAAAUAGGAGUUAAUUUUUCAGUGAAAAACAUCAAUGAAAAAUAAUUUCUCAUUUGAAUUUGAAGGGGCUCUCUUUUUACUUCAGUGGCUGCUUUUGUUCUUUUUUCUGACUUAAAAUUAGGGAGCCCUCGGGCUCAGUCCUUACUCCUACUCCCAUCCUUGGUGAUCUCAUCCAGUCUCAUGACUUUAAAUACCACCUGUAAUGCAAAAGACUCCCAAAUUUACAGCUCUCAUUAAAACCUCUCCUUAACCCCGGACUCUUUCAACUGUCACUAUCAAAGAGAAAUCUCAGACUCCACAUGCUCAAAGCAAUUUACUUUCCAGCCUCCAUAUUCCUCCCCAUCUCAUCUGAUGACAACUCCAUCUUUUCGGCCACAAAGGCCAAAAGAUGGUAGCAUCUUUGACUUCACUUCCUCUUUUAUCAUACACCCAAUUCACCAGCAAAUUCUACUGACCUUCCCUUCUAAAUAUAUCAGAAUCUACCAUUUCUCACCAUCUACACUGCUUCCCCUGGUUAAAGCCACAUUAUGACAGGUACUACAGUGAUCCAAUUAUAUUCAACCUAAAUAUCAUACAAUAGGGAAAUAGUUUAUGUCUAGAUUAUUAAUUUACUAUCAAUAUCUGCGUAGUGCAUAUGGCUUAAAGACUCUAGCAAUGGGGACAAAAAAUGUACCUAAAUCUGUAUAAUAAAAACCUUAAUACUGAAUUGCACAUAUAAUUACAACUAUGUAAAAAUCAAAUGCAUAGGGGGGAAAUGUCCAGAAGCAAAUAAUAUCUGUAUACUUCCAACUAAUUCUGUUGUUUUACAUAAACUAGCCAGUAAGUCACAAAAAAUUGUGGCUUGCUGGCAACAGAAACUUUGUUUAUAUAGAUAUAUCAUAACUUAUUCAACUUUUUCUCCUGAUAUUCAGACUGCAAUUUUUAUUAUUAAAAAAAAUGCUUCCUUAAACAUCUGUGUACAUAUCUUAUGUAGUGUACCUAUCUCUGGUGUAUAAAUCGUCAGAAAUUUGUUAGCUUAUGUUCCUUUUUGUUAUAAUUUAUCUUCUACAUAAAGGAAAAAAUAAAUGUAUGCCAUAAAAAUCCAACAUACAGAAAAUAUUACAGUUCAAAGUCCGUCUGUCUCUUCCUACAACCUAUGUCUUCCCAGAGGUAAUUACAAGUUUCUC